AUGUUUCCCUCAUUGGGCCUUGGUAUAUAUUGCCGAGUGCUGCAAAUUGGUCAAAUCCAUAGGGUCACUUUGAUAAGAGGCCGGCGGCGGACUUUGACUCCGGCCCCGUGGAUUUGUCCAAAGGAGAAGAAUGAAGUCAAAUAUUUGAAGCCAGACGAACGGUAUGUCGUAUGUUUCCUCCUUGGAAUUUUUAGGGCUUAUUUGGAGCAAGUUGCCCAACAAGAAAAUUUGAUUGCGGAACCGGAAGUUCUAUAUCCAAAAAAGACGGCAUCUGAUCUUGCUCGAACCCCAGAAGUUGAAGCCACAUGGACUCAAGAUUCAAAACGAGUUGGUUUGUUGGCCACAAAGAUUGGAAUGGCACCGCAAUGGUAGGUUUUUACAUUACGGUUUAUCCCUUUAGGCUUAACGAUGGUACUCGGGUGCUCUGCACACUCCUUCAUGUUCAACAAAACCAUGUCGUAAGUGCCGUUGACCCAGAUACUUGGUUCAAACAAACUUCAGUGGGUAAAAGGAAAGCGUUUGGACGAUUCGGACCAAUGUGGAAGGUAUUUGCCUAUUUUGUACGUAUAAUUCUUAAUUUUAGGUAACAGUGGGGGCCAUUGACGCCAAUCCGGCAUUUUUGUCACAUCCUUACCGUCGAAUGUUUGAUAAAGUCGGAAUCCCUUGUAAGGACAAAUUGGCAUCGUUCUUAGUAACCGAGAAUGCUGUUGUUUCGCCCGGAACCAGACUGGAGGUCAGGCAUUUCACAGUUGGCCAAUUUGUGAAUGUGUCUGGGAAAACGAUAGAUUGGGGAUUUCAAGGAGUAAUGCAUCGGUGGGGAAUGCGAGGACAACCGAGUUAUCACACUACCAAAUCACACAGAAGAGUCGGAAGUAUUGGAUCGACUGGAGAUGCAAGAGUUUGGCCGGGAAAAAGGUUACCUGGACAUAUGGGAUACGAAUGGAGAUUAGCGAGUGGAUUGGAGGUUAUGAGGAUCAAUCCUGUUACUCAAGUAAUCUAUGUAAAAGGAUGUGUGCCUGGGGAUCAUGGAGAACUUUUAUUGAUAAAUGACUGUUGGAACGAGAAGAAGGAAGUGAAGGAACCCCCCUUCCCUACAUUUGUUCCCGAAGAAGGAGAUGAUUUGGCUUUGUAUAAUUGUGCUGUCGACGCGCCCAUUUCUGAUAUCACUGCUUAUGAUAUCUACCAUCCAAAAUUGUUCAGAUUCACCAGUCCUUCCAUUGUUUACACUGAGGAAGACGAAACCAAGAGUGCCGCCAGGGAAAAAGGUCGUGCUAAGAUUGCCAAGGUUAAGAAGUAAGAAUAGAAUUGUUGUUGUUUUUUUCCAAUAAAUUAGGAAUUGUUUAUGUCUCUUGUUCGCAGACGGUUGGAUGCCUGACAUUACAUCACUUAUAUUCGUUAUGAACUGGUUAAUUAUUAUAGAUUGUUUAGAUGGCAAGGAAACCUGUUUCAGCGGCAAGAUUGCCAACAACAGUCUUGCUACCUGUUUUUAAAUACCUAUGUCUUAAGGAUCUCAAUUCGUGUGCUAGGGUAUGUAGACAAUGGAAUACAAUUAUAGAAACCGCGGUAAGGUGUCUUUCUUUCUGCGAAGAAACAAAUUUUAGGACCGCGAGUUGUGGCAUACUUUUGCUCUUGCCGAGAUUCCAGAAGCUGGAUUAAACGAUUCUGAUUUGUUUCCUAGGGGAACCUCUUUUAAACAUAGACUUCGUGCAUUCAGAUAUGCUUGGAAUCCUCAAGAUUCAUCCAGGUAGUUUGAAAUAGUCAUAUAACAGUAAUCUGUUUAGAAACAACUUCUUGAGGACUAAUGGGUUUACUGUUCAUAGACAGCCCAUUGCCCAGAGUACGGACGCGAUCAGGGGGAAGAUUGGAGUUUCUACAGGAGUUCAUGCCUAUAAUAUAACAUGGAAAGGCCCUCUUGGUACUGUGGCUGUCGUCGGAGUCGCCACAAAGUGAGCUCUGGUUCCUUUUCUUUUUACUUGUUUUACAAAAUAAAUGCGAAAAACGGAUUUUUACAGGCACGCAGCACUACACUGUCCUGGCUAUGUUGCUUUACUGGGAAGCGAUGACCAAAGCUGGGGGUGGAAUCUGGUGGAUAAUACUUUGCUUUACAAUGGGAACUGUGUUGGUUCGUAUCCCCGUCUGAACAACCCGCCAAAGUAUCAGGUUGGAGAGAAGAUAACGAUGAUCCUCGAUCGAGACACGGAGACCUUGUUCUUUGAGAAGAACGGCGAGUUCUUUGGCAUCGCUUUCGAAAACAUUCCUCCAGUUAAACUCUUUCCAGCCAUUUGCGCUGUUUACGGGAACACAGAGGUCUCAAUGGCAUAUGCGGGUACACCGCUUGCUGGUUAG